GUAGGUUAAUAUAAUUUUAAUGAAGGCGUAGGUGACGAUGUUAAAUGAAAGUUUCUUAGUACAUGACUUUUUGUUCGCCGACAAUGCAUCUUUUCAGUUAAACCUUCCACUGAUUAUCCAUCUCCCCCAUAUAUCUAAUUCUCUGAGCUCUUAUGUACUUCAUCCGUCUCCAUAUAUGAUGCAUCUUCUCUGACCCUUUGUCCGUACCUAUUCCAAUUUCAACUCUCCAUCUGUUUGAGUUAGGCGAAAAGAGAAAGGAAAAAAAAAACCCCCAUCUGUUUCCUAAUUAUGGUGCAAUCAAAGAAGUUUAGAGGUGUCAGGCAGCGACACUGGGGCUCCUGGGUAUCUGAAAUUCGCCACCCAUUACUAAAGAGGAGGGUGUGGCUAGGUACAUUUGAAACAGCUGAAGAGGCAGCUCGAGCUUAUGAUCAAGCAGCCAUCUUAAUGAGUGGCAGGAAUGCGAAAACGAACUUCCCCAUCUCACAAACACCAAGUGGGGACCCAAAAGCAGGCACUGAAAAUUCCCAUUCAUCUCCUCCAAAUGAGUUAUCUGAACUCCUCCAUGCCAAGCUUAGAAAAUGUAGCAAGGCACCUUCUCCUUCUAUGACUUGUCUGAGGCUUGACACUGAGAAUUCUCAUAUAGGAGUGUGGCAAAAGCGGGCAGGAGAGAGCUCAGAUGCCAAUUGGGUCAUGACUGUCCAACUUGAAAAAGGAAAUGCUGAAAUGUCUGCCAAUACAUUGCCUUCCAAGUCCCCAGGGUUAGCAGGGCCUGAACUGAGAGGGGAGAUGGAUGAAGAGGAGAGACUUGCACUGCAAAUGAUAGAGGAGCUGCUUCAUAGGAACUGUUCUUCCAUUGGUGUGCAAGAAGGGGAGGGUAACUUGUUCCUGUAAUCUUUAAUUUCUUGUGCUGUGUGAUUUGAAAAGUCAUGUGUGUUGUAUAGGAUUAUAUAUAUCAUGUCCAUUCAUUGGUGAAUAUAUAUAUAUACAUAUACAUACACAUAUAUUAUCUGUGUAUAUGUGUAUAUAUGUGCAGAAAGGGGAAGGAUACUUUAUAUUAAGCAUUUGAAUUCUAUGACGUAUCAUAAUUAUAGUUACAGCUAUAGAAGGUGUCUAGAAUAAUUACAAGCAA